CUCAGUUUACAAAAACAAUAUACACUAGAGAAUAAUAAUUAUUAACCAGCAGCCGGAUUCAAACAUUUGCUAUCGCAAAAUUUGAUAGCCAAACAUCUCCCAAAGAAUAGCAGGCACCCCUAACCACACGCGCAACGUCUAGUUUAAUUCCCAAAUUUGGCUGAUUACACAUUGUAUGUGUUACUCCUCCAUGUUGCAUACUUUUAGGACCCACCGCUUUUAAUUUAGAGAAUUUAGCGUCAAAACUUAAGCGUAGCCUAUGGUUAGAAUUUUACUGCAGAUUACUUGAUAAUCAUGCAGGUGUGAAUUCCCCAAUUGUAUGAAGCAACGUAUAUCGUACGGUAUUUUGCCUUUUAAGCAGACGUUGUUGCCACAUGCAGCACAUGGUAUCAUUAUAAAAACACAUCCCUCAGGUAUUUGCUUCAUAGUAUUGCCAAGCGUCGUUGCGAAAAUCAGCCACUACUAUCAGCACCGUGAACACUCCUUUAUAUACAAGUUAUCUGCUUAUUUUUACGCAGUUGUGGUUAGAGCAAUAAACAUAGGAAUAUACAUAAAUACGUUAUUCUUCAGUGUAUUUGAUUGUUGGAAACCAAACAAAUAAUCACAUUGGUAGCUAUACAUGUAUGCAUGUAGAUAGCGUGUUUUUACAACAACAAUAACCAACCAAGUAACCCGAUAACCACGAAAGCGUGAAUAAGCAAACUGAGGAAUAAUAAUCGACGCGUACCUACAUACAUACAUACAUAUGCUUGUUUACCGGCUGUGUAGUUGUGUAUCUGCUUAUUUUUAGUGCUCAAAAGAAUUAAAAUGAGCGACGGUAAGUGGAAUGUAGAAUUUUAUUUCGGACUCAAAUUUAUUUAUGCAUGCACUUUUCUUACAUUUUAGCGCCUAAUAAAAUAAUAAGAAAAAGAAAACGGGAGAACGAAACAAAGAAAUGGACGAAUCAAGAAACAAGGAUGGUUUUAACAUACAUGCAGAUGCACAGAAAUAUUGAGAAACCCACUGCCAGGAUUUACUACGAAAAACUUAUCGAACAUACCAACAUUGAUGCCACCUGGAAUACAUUGAAGUGUAAAAUUCGCCACCUUAGAGUCAUACUUCAAAAAGCAAAUGAUUUGUUAAUAUCCGCAGCCACUGGAAGGGAUGGUGAUGACUCUGACACUAUCAAAGAUAAGAUGUUGCAAAUAUGCCCAUAUUACGAUCAACUCUCCGAUAUUUUUCCGUUGGCCACGGCAAGCGAGUUUCCGCUUAUGGACACACCAAAGUUAGAAGUUUUAAAUUAUAGUCCAGUGGAUGGUAGUGACAGUAAAAAUUUUAAGAUGACCGCUUGUGAAGACAAGACUUUUUUGUUUUACGAUGAACCGACAACUUCAUCGGAAACGAACACUUUUGCUGGCAAAGUUAAAUGCACGGCACACAAUUGUUGUGUUAACAAUCCGGCCGAAACGGAGGCUGAAUGGAUUAAGUUUCGAAUAGAGAAGCUUCAAUUUGAGAAGCAAAAAUUCGAGUGGUCGAAGGAGUUUGAAGAAAAGAAACUCGAGUUGGAAUAUAAAAAACAAAGAGAUGAAUUUGAGCUACGGAAACUAGAACUGGAGCAAAAUGAACGACUAAAGAUGUUUGAAAUAGAAAUUAAAUAUAAACAUGAAAAUAAAAAUGCAGUAAUUUAAAAUAACUAAAAAAUGGGAAUAUGAGAUGCUUGUCCCGAAUAUUCCGCUGAUGCCCUGGAAUUCAUCUAUAGUCAGCGUGGACAUCCAUUAAUAGUGCUGCACAAUUACC